AUGGCCACGACAACCUGCACGCAAUGCAGGAAUCGCAAGAUCCGGUGCGAUACAGCCCUUCCGGUAUGUCGAUCAUGCAAAGCCAAAGGAUUGGAAUGCACUUUCUUCGAUGUAUCAUGUGAUGCCGAAAUACCCAGACGUGAGCUCGAUGCAUUGAGGCGGCGGGCUGCCGACCUGGAAUCGGAGCUAGAAAGGAAGCUGGAAGUUACAUCAGCUCGGGACCCGGGAGUUAUCUUCCAAAAUACGAACCUGGGUCAAGCACAUUCACAGUAUAUUACUCACAGGCGUGGGUUGUCCCGCUCAACCGUCUCGUCAGAACUAAUCUCAUUCAUGAGGGUGAUAACACCACACUGGAUGACCUUUUCAUUCCAACCACCGAGGUUCGUCGCAAAAGCAAAGCUGCAGGAAGUGGCGGCCUCGACUUGGGCAACGGACACCUUGAGCAGCCGAUUCCCCGAGAAAAAGACAAGCAUUGCUUAUGGCGAGAAAAAGCAGAUCACUUUGCGGGCUCUCGUCAAACACUGGACAGAAGUCGUCCAGCCCGAUUUUCCACUACUGACUGCUGAGCAGCUGGCGUGGCUGGAGAAGGUCGAUGUUCGCAGCCCCGAUCUGGAACAAUCACCUAGACUCAGAAGUGUCAUUGCAGCAGGAGUCUACUCGGUGUCCGCUGCCUUGGUUGCUCGAGACUUCAAUCCCGAUCUUGAGAAGCUGUCAAAGUCAUAUCUACAUGACCUAGAUAGUAUGCAGAUCCCAGGCUCUUCAUCUGACGACCCUGAGCCGCUCCGAGCGGAGAUUCUUGCACUUUUGUUCAAGGCAUUGCACCAGUUUGCCAACCCAGGUGAACAGAAUAUCAACCUUCACGUCUUUAUCACUCUGAUUUGUCGGAGGUACACGCAAUAUUUUGGCGCCAAAAGUCAUCCCGCUCGCUGCCAGAAAGAUGUCGCCCAACUUGGGUUAUGCUUGUACAUCUUAGAAAGCACUGUUUGUCUACAGCUUGGUUUGCCCUCGGCACUCGUAUUGAGUCUACAUGGGCUCCACGGAGUAUGGCCUGAGGCCAUUUUGCAAAAGCAGGUCCACGAAAUUGAGUUUCGGACAGUCAAUUGUUCAAACCAAGAUUUACAUGCAUUGCUCAAUGAAGCCAACAUACAUGCGAAGGACAGGGACCUACACCAUGCCCACACAAGGAAGUGCUUGGCGCUGUACAGACUGGCUCUCAGGGAGGCUUCUUCUGCCCUCACUGCCAGCCCCUAUGUUCCGCAAUACUAUGGUGAGGUGAUCAUCAUGGCUAUGGCUGCUCGAGAAUUUCUGGAAGAAACGUCCCUGCGAAACGAUCAAUUCAUGCUGUUCAGUAUGCAGCUCGCCACUGAACACGUUCUUCAAGCGGCUGCUAUUCUUAGCGCAUAUCUCAUCAUGUUGUCAACAACAACGACAACCACCAACAUGAACCAACAACCACCUGGCCUUAGCCGAACAGACGCCAUGCUUUGCUUGACGCAGGUAUCUGCAUUGCUCGCAUCGUUCAAGCUUCGCUGGAAGUCGUCUUCGGUCUAUGUGCGACUUUGGGAUGCCCUUUGCGAGCUCAUAUUGUCCAUGACAACGCGUUGA